AUGGCAUGUUCCCUGGAGCAAGCGCUGACCGUGAUGGUCACCACCUUCCACAAGUACUCGGGAAAGGAAGGGGACAAAUACAAACUCAGCAAGGCAGAGCUCAAGGAGCUGCUCAACAAGGAGCUGCCUGUCUUUGGGAGCAAACAAAUGGACGAGGCGGAGUUCAAGAGGCUCGUGAACGACCUGGACCACAACAAGGACAACGAGGUGGACUUUAAGGAGUACGCCUGCUUCCUGGCCUGCAUCACCAUGGGCUUCAACGAGUUCUUCAAGGAUGGCCCUACCAAGCAGCCCCGCAAAAAGUGA